AUGUCAAACGACUAUACACGGGACACGGAGAUGCUAGUGAGGAGCAUUGAAGAAAACGUUGACGAAGUGAUUGAUAUCCAAACCACGGAUUCAGAGUCAGAGUCGGAAUAUUCUGCCACAAAAUCUGAUAUAGAUUUUAUAGAUACACAGGAUGAUUUCAUCGGAAUGGAGGACCAUGAGCAAAGUUAUGUCCCUACCGAUACUGACGAAAUGUCCUCACUGAUUUCCUCAGAUGACGCCACAACUAGUCAACUGAAUAGCAUAGGAGAUUAUGGAGAGAUCUCAGUUCUUGAUGAGCGGGAAAUCGAGGGAGAAGAUGGGCCUGUGACGCUACUGUUAAUCAACGGCUGGCUAGAAGAAAACAUUGCCAACCAAGUAAUAGAUAUAGUCCGCCUUUCCAAUAGAGGCUAUUAA